AUGGCUACCAGACAGGACAGACCUUCGCCGUAUGUCCUGGCUGACAAGCCUUCAACCUCUUUUUCGGCCGUGUCGUCUGCAGGAUCAGCCACGUCAGCUGCUACAUCACGAAGUGGAGGCACAUCAGAGAACUUCGCAUCAGUGUGUAGCUUUGUGCUCUGCGACAGUGGCACCUUCCUCAAGUUUUGGCUCGAGGACAAAUGCCGCGACACAUUCUUAUCACUUCUACCCAAGAACGACAUCGCAAGUCUGCGACUUGCAUGUCAUGAUUUCAGCGUGCGGGCUGCGCCGGCGCUCUUCUCAGACCUGAGUAUUACCUUCAAGACAAGCACUUUCACGAGGCCUGCCAGGAUCGCGGCCCUGGAUCGUCUCGGCUUCUACGUGAAGACGUUACGCAUUAAUCUGCCACAUACUACCGAGACAUUUCUGCCGCCAUUGAUCGAGCCUGAUACUGGCGAAGAACUAUCCUUCACAUACACGCCACAAAUUCACAAGACGGAUGGUCGACAGCCGAAGUAUGGUGAUCUAGGCACCACAGAGAUCUUGACGAGACAAUAUCCGGCUUUAUUUCAUGCCGCGACAAAUGUGCCGGCUUUCAUUCGAGCAUUCUCGACCUUCUUCAAUCUUCAACAUCUGCAGCUCAGCUGCCCCGGUUAUGAUCCAGCAACAAGAUAUAGACGCAGCAUCAUCGACUUCGCAUUGAUUUCGAUACGCAUUGCAGUCGAGAGGAACUGCCUAAACACGCUCGACACACUUACACUUUCACCAAUGCAUCCUGGCUCGCUGCAAUACCUAUCGCCAUCAAUCGGUCAUGGCGCAACACCUCGCUCCGCGAAAGUCUGGUCGCGUAUUUGCAACCUCGACAUUGCGCUGCAUUCCAUACCAUCACCCUAUGGCGAUGUUCCGGCCGACCAUACUAAGAUGUUAAACAACUAUCUUCGCAACUUCCAACCUAAUCUUACCACAUUGAGUUCUCGAUGGUUGGGCUGCAAAGGUCCUUUGCCGACCGCGCAGCCUCUGUCACAAAGCUCGUCCGGCCACUUCAAGCUCAAUCAUCCGAGUGCAAAGCCGAAAGCUAUGCCAGCUUUACGCUUCCCGAGUAUCAAGUCUGUCGAGAUGGCAGGUGUCACCACGACAGCCGCAGAAGUCCAAAGCUUUGCUGCGAUGCACAAGCAUACUAUCGAAGAGUUGAAGCUUGACGACCUCAAAUUCACGGAAGGAUCAUGGGAGGAGGCUCUAUCGCCAUUGACGAGGCAAGCUCGACCUCGAACCACUUUCGCAGAUAUACCUAUCAUGCUCUCGCCAACAUGCGCGUCGCCUGCGCGUUCACAUCCGAUGGCAAUGGAUCGUGUUGAGGCGAGAACAAACUCGAGCCAUCGGCCCACCCUUCGUUUGUCCAAGUGGUUGCCGGGUAAGGCAGACAAGCAUACUUCGUCGUCGCGAAGAGUCCGAGAGGGUCUGCUAGGAUGUGAGGAACAGCUAAAGAAGGUGCUUGGUGGUGUGCUGUCUUGGCACUAG